CACCAUGAAGCUUUUCACGGGCCUCAUUUUCUGCUCCUUGUUCCUGGGUGUCAGCAGCCGAUGGUAUUCGUUCCUUGGAGAAGCUGCUCAAGGGGCUUGGGACAUGUGGAGAGCCUACUCUGACAUGAGAGAAGCCAAUUACAUAGGUGCAGACAAAUACUUCCACGCCCGGGGGAACUAUGAUGCCGCACGGAGGGGACCUGGGGGCGCUUGGGCGGCCAAAGUGAUCAGCGACGCCAGAGAGAGUUCUCAGAGAGUCACAGACUUUUUCAGACACGGAAGCAGCGGCCACGGAGCAGAGGACUCGAAGGCUGACCAGGAAGCCAAUGAAUGGGGCCGGAGCGGCAAAGACCCCAACCACUUUCGACCUGCUGGCCUGCCUGACAAGUACUGAGCUUCCUCUUUGCUCUGCACUCAGGAGAGGGGCUGGGAGUCCCCUGAAGGCAGAGACACGGAGUCAUUGAGGUCUCUGUCCACAGAGGCUGAUGGAGGGCACCUGACAGGUGUCUAAUAAAUGCUUAAGAGAUUGUUGAAAA